AAACUUUUAUUGUUAAUAUUAAUUUGAAUUUGAAUUUUGAAACGGUUUGACCUAACGGUAGAUUAGCAACAGUAACUGUGGUGACGUGGCACCAUUAGCGUGGGAUUACUGUAGCUUGAUUAUCCGGGCGUUACACUGGGAAGACAAGAUUAUGUGAUGCUUUCAGAUAAAAGAUUUUCAUCUUUGAACAAUGAUAAGAGAGAUAAAAUUUAUGAUAUAUUCCUUGAAUAUGAGAGUAUGAAAUGUACUGCCAAGGAGUUUGAUUUGUCAGAUUUUGUCAAUAGUCUUCACAGCAGUCUUGUAUCUGAGGGCUACCAUGGCGAUAUGGUGGAUUUUGUUUACAUAGAUGAGGUACAGGAUCUCACCAUGACACAAAUAGCACUUCUUAAGUAUGUCUGUAUGAACAUCAAGGAAGGCUUCCUUUUUGCUGGUGAUACUGCACAGACUAUAGCAAGAGGUAUCGAUUUCAGGUUUGAAGAUAUCCGUUCACUUUUUUAUACUGCAUUCCUGGCAGAAACAGAAGUGUCAAAUCAAGGACUUAAACACGGUAAAAAGGUCCAUCUCUCUGAUAUGUUCCAACUGUCUCAAAAUUUCCGCACACAUUGUGGCAUCCUCCGUAUGGCACAAAGUAUCAUGAGCCUUCUGUACUUCUUUUUCCCAUCAAGUGUUGACAAGCUUAAUCCAGAGACUGGACUUGUAUACGGAGAAGCUCCUGUGCUGCUGGAGUCUGAUAACGAUGAAAAUGUAAUUAUGACCAUUUUUGGAGAAAGCAAAACCAAACAUGGUAACCUGCACGGGUUUGGUGCUGAGCAAGUCAUACUGGUUCGUGAUGAUGCUGCCAAAAAACAAAUUAUUGAUCUUGUUGGUAAACAAGCUCUUGUUUUGACCAUUGUUGAAUGUAAGGGCCUUGAGUUUCAGGAUGUGCUGUUGUACAACUUUUUUGGUUCGUCGCCUUUAAGAAACAAAUGGAGAGUUCUCUAUGGCUACAUGAAAGAUAGAGAUAUUAUAUCACACUCUGAGGAGAUCUCUCAUCCUGGUUUCGACAGAAGCAAGCAUUAUCUUCUCUGUUCAGAGCUGAAGCAACUAUAUGUUGCAAUCACACGCACUAGGCAAAGACUCUGGAUAUGUGAAAAUACGGAGGAUUACUGUCGACCAAUGUUUGACUACUGGAAGAAGUUGUGUCUAGUAGAAGUUAGAUUACUAGAUUCUUCCCUCAUUCAGGCAAUGCAGACGGGGAGCAGCAGUGAUGAUUGGAGGCUACGGGGAACCAAGUUAUUCAAUGAGGGGCAAUUCGAGAUGGCUACUAUGUGCUUUGAAAAGGCCGGUGAUGCACAUAGAGAGAAGUUGGCGAGAGCUGCUGGACUUGUAGCGACUGCUAACCGUGUCAUCUCAACAAAUUUGGAGUUGGGCAAGGCUUCAUUGCAAACAGCAUCAGAGAUUUACGAGUCCAUAGGCAUGCAUGAGAAAGCUGCUACUUGCUAUAUCAAAUUAGGUAUGGUCUAUAUGCAAAAAUGCGGUACUUCUAAACUUGAGGAUGCUGGUGAUUGUUUUGCUAUGGCUGAAUGCUGGUCGGAGGCAGCUGAAGUGUUCUUGAAAGCUAAAUGUUACACAAAGUGUUUCUCCAUGUGCUCGAAAGGGAAAAAAUUAUUCAAUCUGGGCCUACAGUUUCUGCAGCAGUUAGAGGAGGAACAUUCGCUUGAGAAUUCAAAAUCUUUGGAGGUUUCUGCAAUUAGAACAAAGUAUCUGGAUAAUUGUGCUCAACAUUAUUUUGAGCGUGGUCACAUAAAGCAUAUGAUGCCUUUUGUUAAAGCUUUCAGCUCUAUGGAUCAUGUACGGGCAUUCCUAAAUUCUCGGAAUCUUGUUGAUGAACUGUUGAGUUUAGAGAUGGAGAUGGGUAAUUUCCUAGAAGCUGCAGGAAUAGCAAAGCAUAAUGGAGAUGUCUUACUGGAGGUAGACAUGCUCGAGAAGGCAGGCUUGUUUGAGGAUGCGACACGGCUUCUCCUCCUCCAUAUCAUUGUGGAUUCCUUGUGGUCUUCAAAUAGUAGAGGGUGGCCUCCCAAAAGAUAUGCAGAGAAGGAACAGUUGCUUUCAAAAGCAAAAGAGAUGGCAGAAAAGGUAUCCGAGUGCUUCUACUGCUUUGUUUGCGUGGAAGCUGAUGCACUGUCAGAUGUUAACAAGUCUCUUCCCAGUUUAAAUUGCACUUUGGUUGAGGGCAGAAAAUGUGCAAACUUGUUAGUUGAACUCGUUGCUUCCCGUUCGAUUCUUGAUGUUCAUCUCCAGUCUCGAGCCUCUGGAUACAAUAUAGAAUUAGGGCCAGGAUCUGAGGAUGAAAAUUGUUGUAAUGAUAUGCUGGCCUCUAACCAGAUGUCACCCCAAACUCUGUUUUAUGUUUGGAAUAACUGGAAGUCAAUCAUAAUCAAAGUACUAUCUCAACUUUGCCACGCCGAUGGUCCAGAAUUAAAUGAUUAUGCAGUUAUGUAUGAAGAUCUUUGUGCCAAGUACUUUUGGAUUGCGAAAAGAUGGUGAAGCUGACAUAUAUGUGGUGCUUAACGUGAAUGCAAGUUGGCUUUCUACUGCUGGCAGAAAUUCUUUGCAGCAAGAUGGCAACAGAUGUUUCUUGGGUGCCCCUCAGUGUUAUUCAUGUGCUCAGUGUUUCUGGAUGAAUGAGCUGUCUUCUGUUGGUUUCAGUGUACUUAAGAAGUUGGAGGCCAUUGUUCAAAUUUCUCCAAAGUCAUCAUCUUCUUAUACCCUGGUGAGAACUAUCCUUAUCAUAAAUGAGAUAGCAAAGUUUCUGGAAGAACCACAGUUCAGUAUGCCAAAAAGUUCCAUGAAGUUAAGAAGCUUUUUUGUUCUCUGCGGGCGUCGCUUCUUUGAGUUAGUUUUUCUUGUGUGGAGAGAUGGGACAACAAGGAGCCUCUUGCGUCUACUUGACUUGCCAGCUGCAUAUGGAUUGAUUGCUGAUUCUCUUAAUUCAAAUCUUCGCCCAGCAAAUAAAAAUCUGACUCACGGGCAUCUUGGGAGAACAACAAUGCUCCUGCUUCAUGCAGCACAAUUGGAUGAAGCGCUACUUUCAAGACUACUGCAGUACCUGGACAAUAGUUCUGAUUGGGCAGAAUUUUUUCAAUAUUUCAAAAGAUUUCUUGACAGUGGUGGUGAUAGAUCCUCCUUGAUCUCGAACUUUAAGCGUUCUCUUGAGUUUACCUUCAAUGUGAAGUGGAAGGAUGAACUAGACUACAUAUCCCCAAUAUGCUAUGUGGGUCUUUUAUGGAGUGCCUUGGUUUUAUGGCUUCAUCAUGCUUAAUACAGAAUGAUUUUAUAUGCUGCACGAAAUCUCUGUUGGUCAAUAUGUUGGAGUGCCGUACCAGCAAGGUUUACAUUGACACCUGCCUGGUAUCUAACUCGAGCCCAGAUUCUGAUCUUGAUCGUUUGGCAUACACAUCAGGCCGUUUCAUAUAUCAGACAAUUAUGGCUAUCUUGACGAGCAAGCAUAUGCUCCAGGAAUGGGUACAUAAGACUUCAUGUCCUUCUAGUACUUCAUACAAACCGGUCCUCCUUAGACUAGUUGUUACACUUAUCCACUGAUCCUUACUCUUUCUCUGGGGAAUUGCUAUGAGGUCACACAGAACCUCCUGAGGAAUGAAGUGUUUAAGGAUUUACCUGUGGAGUUCUCUCAGAAGAUUGUACAUGCUUUGCAAAUUAAGUCUCGCACACCGAGCAACUUCACAAGAGCGCUUGCUGAUGCACUCGCCGCAAUCGGAGAUAAUAUGGUAGUUAUUGGUACACCCAAGAGCCCGGUAGACUGUCAAAACUUAAAUGCUUAUAUGAUUAGCAAGGAGGAUUUGUAUGAUGUUCCGAAGAUAAUGGCUCUUCUGUGUCCUGAAGAAGCAAGUUAUGUAAAGCAAGAGACUCCGUUGCCUGAAAAAUCUGAUGGUAAUAAGUCUGGCAAUGUUAUUUCUGGAAACAUUCCUAAGGAUGCACAGGAUAAUGAGAUGGAGCGUAGUAGUGAGAUGGAUUUAGCUGAUGAGAUACUCUUUGAGAAGCUUGAGACUCUUCGAGCCGAAGGCCUG